GCAAGUUGUUGGUAUGGCAGCACAUUAUUUAUCUGCAUCAACAUUAUGCAUUAUUUUUACCACUCUUAUCUCCAUCGUCGGAGCAAAAGUCCCGGCGAUCAUUGUCUUCGGCGACUCUUCCGUAGACUCCGGCAAUAACAACUUCAUAGAUACCAUGGCUCGAGCCAAUUUCCAACCUUACGGUCGCGACUACCCCGGCGGCCACCCCACCGGCCGCUUCUGCAACGGCCGUCUCUCGUCUGAUUUCACUUCCGAGGCUUACGGUCUUAAACCGACCGUGCCGGCCUAUCUAGAUCCGUCCUACAAUAUCUCUGAUUUCGCCACCGGAGUUUGCUUCGCCUCUGCCGGCACCGGUUAUGACAAUUCCACCGCCGGAGUGCUAGGCGUGAUUCCUUUAUGGAAAGAAGUCGAGUACUAUAAGGAAUACCAACACAAACUCGCGGCCUAUCUCGGACACCGAAAAGCCGCAUAUAUCAUCCGAGAGUCGCUGUACUUAGUCAGCAUAGGAACCAACGAUUUCCUAGAGAACUAUUACACAUUACCGGACAGGAGAUCUCAGUUCAGCAUCAGUCAGUACCAAGACUUCCUCAUCGGUAUCGCAGAGGUGUUCUUAAAGGAUCUUUACAAACUAGGUGCUCGGAAAAUGUCUUUCACCGGAAUCUCUCCAAUGGGAUGUUUGCCACUGGAAAGAGCGACGAAUCUUGACGACCCUUUUAGCUGUACUCGGAGUUUCAAUGACUUGGCGAUCGAUUUCAAUGGGAGAUUGAGAAUGUUAGUGAGGAAACUGAAUAAAGAGCUUAUUGGAAUGAGGAUUUAUUUUGCUAAUCCUUAUGAUAUCAUUUGGGAUAUUGUUACCAAACCAUCACGUUACGGUCUAGAAGUGUCUAGUUCUGCGUGUUGCGGCACGGGAUUGUUCGAGAUGGGAUUUCUUUGCGGCCAGGACAAUCCGUUAACUUGUAGUGAUGCAAAUAAGUUCGUUUUCUGGGACGCUUUUCACCCGACCGAGAAGACUAAUCAGAUUGUGUCUGGUUACUUCUUUAAACAUCUCAAGAAUCUAUUUCACUGAUCCUAAUUCGAUUCUCUGUGAGUGUACUCAUUUAUAUGUAGCCCGAUUCAUUUUCCAGUAUUAGAGAAUAUUCUUUCUUUGAAUGGAAGUGAAGACUCAGUGGAUUAAUCAAAGAAAGAAAAUGAAAAUGAGGAGAGAAAAAUGACGGGUUGCUUGAUCAACAAGAAGAAUAAGACAAAAGUUCUCUGUCUUUACAGUGUUGAUUUUAUUUUGUAAU